GCCUCGGUACCAUCCCUCUCCUCCUCCUCACUGAGCUCGCCAGCUCCCAGUCGUUCUGCGCGUAUCCUGAGCAGCUCUGAGUCGGCAUCUAUGGUCUCUGUCUGUCAUUAUUGUCUGGAUCUGGGACAUCGCCCACGUCGUUUGUCAUGUGCGCGGCGCGCGGCGCGCGAAACAAGAUCGAGGAGCAGUAAGUUAGAACAAGCUCGAGAUCGACGUCGAGGAGGUCGUCUUGCGAGGUCUCCGCACUGGGUCUCCGCACUCCUGCUGCUGCGUGCGGAGGAGCCGAGGGCGACAACUUCCAAGCCCGGGGUAACAGCUUCGAGCUCGGCCGUCUUUCUUCCCACUUCGACCUUCUCCGGUCGGGCACCAGACAGACGAGUUUGGACCCUGGCUCAGGAUGAAGCCUGGUGGUAUGGUGGCUACUUUACUUGCAAGGCAUGCGUUGGGCAAUGCCCAGGUGACCGCCUCCGUGUAUCUUACCACCACCGCCUUCGCUCAGUCCUUGCUGGUACCUACAAACUUUCCAGUCGCUCACCCAUGCAAACUGCCGGACUCGCCUCGUCUCACCCGCCCACUGAGCACCUCCUUCGCGCCUGCCCCAUUCGUAAAUCUCGCACAUCUCGCCUACCGACGCCCGCUCGCACGAGUAUGGCGCAUGUCCCCGCGUAUCGCGCCCGCCAGGCCCACCCUCCGUAGCCGCAUGUCAUACAAACCCAUUCGCCCACCCUAUUCACUCUGCCGCCCGCAUUCCUCGCGUGUCACUCCCGCUCGCCCAACUGCGCGCAUCGCGCAUCCACGC